GACUUAGGCUUCGUGAAGACAACAACUUGUCUGGUCUAUUAGGAGUCAAGAUGGAAGAGCUCACUGAUAUGAAAGGGUACCUCAAGGCCUCUAAUGCUGAUGGCACGGCAAUCCUCGAAGCAGUAACGGAUUGGUGCAGCAACUGCAAGGCCAUCGCUCCUUUCAUGGACAAGAUGAUGUCCAAGUAUCCGGAUGCUCGGUUCUACUCAUAUAACACCGAUACUGCAUUGGCCAUCAGUCAAGAGCUGGGUGCACGCCAGAUGCCAACCUUCCAUAUUUUCAAGGAUGGAGAUUUGCGAGCAAGCGUGACCGGCGCAAAGGCGAAGGAAAUCGAGCAAGCCAUUGCGGGCAAUUAUGAUGGGAAAGUUGUAGAGUAAGCGGGUGCGCGACUGGCUGUUGGUGCACAAGGUCAUAGGGCCAGGACGUUGGCUUCACGCAUCUGAUCGUGGAAUGCGGCUGCAAAAGUGCAAUCCCAUGCGGUAUAUGGAUGUCUUUCUCGGUGUCAGCGUCCGAAUCGUGGAAUCUUGCGAAUGCGAUACUGCUGUGCUGGAAGUACGAAUUGCAGUCUGAUCUAUCGUGUGGUUGAAGCUGUAGCUUGUGUCAGGUCUCGUUGGUGUGUUUCGUUGCCAGGCGCCAGGAGCAUCACAAUUCGU